GUGUCAUCGAUGCGCUGCGACACGGAGCGUCCCGUCGCUGUCCCUCUAACACCGCUUUAACAACAUGGAUACGAUGUGUUUGACCGUCUGAGCCUCGUCAUGGCGGCUUCCAGCUACACCUGCAUCCAGGACGGAGCCACAGAGAAGGACAGGCUUCUGUCAGCCAGCUACGGGUCCAGGGAUCUCCUCGGAGAUGGGAGCUCCCGUCCCUCCGGCCUGGUGGGCUCCGAGUUCCACCGGCAGCAGGAGGAGGAGGAGGAGGAGGCGCUGAGACGGAAGCUCAAGUACUUCUUCAUGAGCCCCUGCGACAAAUAUCACGCAAAGGGACGCAAACCCUUCAAACUGGGCCUGCAGCUGCUGAAAAUCAUCAUCGUGACCGUGCAGUUGGUGCUGUUCGGACUCAGCAACCAGAUGGUGGUGACGUUUAAAGAGGAAAACACAGCGGCAUUCAGACACCUUUUCCUGAAGGGUUAUCAGGACAACGCUCCGCAGGCCGUCCACACGCAGAUGGAGCUGUACAGCCACGUCUACUUCGCCGUAGAGCAGUACUUGGCUCUGCCUCAGAUCUCUCUGGGACGGUACGCGUACGUGUUGGACCCCGGCAUGAACGGAAGCGCGCUGUUGCUCUGCCAGAGGUUCUACAGCCGGGCCACCAUCGACCCCGUCAACGACACCUUCGACAUCGACCCGCACGUUAACACCACGUGCGUCGGGUUAAAUCCUUUGACUGACGGCUCGGUUCCAGGAAACGGUGACUACAAGAAUUUCACUCUCGAGUUUUACAAGCUCAUCAAUGUGACGAUUGACUUCAAGCUGAAGGCCAUAAACAUCCAGACCAUCAUCAACAAUGAGAUCCCCGACUGCUACACCUUUGCCAUCACAAUCGUCAUGGAUAACCGGGCGCACAGCGGCAAAGUUAAGAUCAGCCUGCAGAACGAGGCCUCCAUUAAAGAGUGCAAAGACCCCAACGUGUCCGGACACGCUGAGAGCUACGCCCGGGAGUUCUUUGAUGUGCUGGUGGCGACCGUGUGCUUGUUGUCGCUGCUGCUGUGUGGGCGCUCCAUCGUCAGAGGCGUCCUCCUGCAGCACGUAAGACUUCUGUGUUUUACUUGAUGUUUGUAAAAUUUCAGAAUCAGAAUCAGAAAUACUUUAUUGACCC